AGUUCUUCAACCAAUUAUGGCCGACGUUCUUUGAGUUAUUAGGUUAGUUCAGGUUGCCUAUCAUUGACUUUGCGAAGCCUCUCACAUAUAUCGAUCCCUCCGAUUCCCCAGUUCAGCCACAGUAUAUCCAAACCACAAUAAUGCCGACCCCCUCUCUUUCCUUCAUCUCUCGCUGUCUCCUUCUCUCAGCACUCUUUAUCCACUCCUCUUAUGCCGACGUGGGCACCGCCGCCCAGUACGGCCCUCCAUUUCUACCGACGGCGUGUUUCGGAGGAGACGCGUCGGAGUUCCCGUCGAGCAACAUGUUCGGGGCGGCGGGGGAGGGAAUAUGGGACAAUGGGGCGGCGUGCGGCAGGCUGUACGAGGUGAGGUGCAUAAGCGCGGCGGCGCCGAGGACUUGCAUUGCGGGUCAGACCAUUCAAAUUAAGAUCGUCGACAGAGCCGUUUCGUCUCGUUCUCGUCCCUCCUCCGACGCCACUUCCAUGGUCCUCUCCACCACCGCCUUCCGCGCCAUCGCCAACUCCUCCGCUUCCCUCAUCAACAUCGAAUUCCAACAGGUUUGAAUUCUUUGAUCGCAAGUAUUUUGCCCUAGUCUCUCUCCAAUCAUUCUUGGCUUUCCAUCGCAACCGCGCUUGGUAAACCCAUUUUAUUAUAUUUUUAUGUCAUCGUGCUGGCCAUAAUUUAUAUAUAAUAUAUUAUUGAUUGAUA